GGGAGAUGACCGGCACCUGGACCACUAGUGUAAACCAUGGUGGCUCCCUGCUAGUGGACGGUGGAGUGUUGGUCAGGUUUUAACACUUCUCUCGCCUUUGUGACACAUUGUACAUCAUAUAUUUCAGAAAAAAUCUGUUUGAUGCGUGAGGGGGUGGAGAUAAGACUGUGAUAAGAACAAGUGCUGGUGGACUACAGAAAUACCGUAUCGAAGGAAGAGGCCCACGAAUUAAAGCCAGCUCAGUGUUGUAUAUACCCUGUACUCGUAUUUCUCAAAGACUUGUGGAGGCCAAAGGCAAACUUAAACAUCAAAACAUGUCGAAGAAGAUAGAGGAUAGUGAGCUUCAAACGCUCACCCUCUCUCCGACCAACACAAACGAUGAUGAGUCGUCGCCCUUUGUCAACCCGGCAAGUGAUGAGACGUCAUUUCCCAUCAGUCCGCCUCCCUCAUUCUCUACCGUGACAACAUCAAGUACUGAACCACCUGGAGAGAAGAGGAAACUGGAGAGGAUGGUCAGUGUUCCGGGGACAGGAGCCAACACUAAUAAACCUCUGCCAACACUGAGGGUGUCCACCCCGCCCAGUACAACUCAAAUUACCUACACCAACGAGGAGUCAAACGAGAGAAAAAUCGACCUGAGCAAGAUCUGUCGUGAACGUCCCACUCCCGGGAAUUCCAUAGGACAAAAGAAAGACCUCCCACGCCAAACGGACUACUCUCUGCCUUUUCCUAGCCAUGUUGUGUCAGGUAACAAGGGAUUCCAAAUAUCUAAGUCAGAUUCUAAGACUAGAGUCUUAGAGAAAGGUCUGACGACAUCCUCCCAUAGAUCACAACUGGCCAGAGGAGACUUUAAAAGACCCGGAACCCACUGCGGGCAGGUGAGCGGUAUUAACCCUACUGCAAGUUAUACCCAAGCUGCUUCAGGGAGUGCACCUUCCACCCCACAUAGCUUUGGGAUCACAAUUUCUGCACCACCGAGCAGAGUUGGAACAAACAACAAAGGGAAUUCAGGCAGCAAAGCAUGGCUAGGCAGGCCAGUAGUGCGAUCAGGGCUAAGAAUGAGGGGAGGUUUAGACUCCCGUCAAAUGGACCGGCCAAUCCAGCAUCACACCUUCCUGGCAGAUGUGGCUGAUGUGAGGCAGAUUGAACAAGGACUCCUGCAGCUGAUGGAGGACUUCCAGGCGGGAAAUUUACGAGCAUUUGGGAAAGAUUCUCGGCUACGACAGAUGGAAGCAAUAAGGGAACAGCAGGAGAGACUGGCACGACUUCACUUUGAUGUGGGAGCUGAACAGGACUUAUUUCCUCCGUUGUCUGAAGAAGGGUUAAGGACGUCCCACGACAACAUGAGAACACUUAUGGAAAAACUGGCUCAGCUCUCAGAGUCUAUUGAACGGCUACACACCAAUACAAGCAGCGAACGCAAGACUAGCAGCAAUGAGCGCAAAUGUUCGUCCAACCAGCGAGCCACUGAAAAUGUGGGUCAUUCAAAGUUUCACUCAGGAGCUUGGAAUCAACAGAUGCCCGACGGCCACCAUAGCAGUGACCAGCACGGUAACUAUGGCCACAUGAACAACAACGCACAACACACCAGCCCGGCAAACUCCCGCCUCGGCCAUGGACAACACUCCACAAACCGACUCAGAAACUCGGCCGGAAACCCAAUGUCAGGUAUAAUGAAGAGUGGAAAGUUAGCGGACUCCUGAUGACUGUUGCUCUACAGUCAUUUAGCACCAGUUUAAACAUUGUUGAUAUAAUAACCUUACAUAAUAUAUAUAUAUAUAUAUAUAUAUAUAUAUAUAUAUAUAUAUAUAUAUAUAUAUAUAUAUAUAUAUAUAUAUAUAUAUAUAUAUAUAUAUAUAUAUAUAUAUAUAUAUAUAUAUAUAUAUCCAGUACAUGUUGGCUUUGUUUGAUAUUUAUGAGUUAUUAGAAGAUUUUUAUACUACACUUAAAAUAUAUUUCAUUAAUAUAUAAUACAGUACGUGCCAUAUUAUAUAUAUUUUUAACAAAGAUUGAUAAGACUAUUAGUACAGUACAGUAGUGGUGUAUUUUGAGGUAGAAGAUACUGAAUGAAGGGUUUGGUGAGGUACAUAAUAUAAACACAGCUCUUGUAGUUUCAUGCUAAUGCCAACAGGAAACAAGACAAAGAAAAGGGAAUUUAGUUGAGACAGAUGGUUGAGAGAGACUUACGGAAUAGAAAGUAUAUGAUGAAUUUAGAGAGAGAGGAGGGGGGGGGGAGGGAUUAAAAAGAAAGGGUUGUGGGAAGUAAUGAAUUUAUAGGAGAUUUGUCUAAGGUUUUUAAAUACUGUACAAUAUCCUGCCAUUAGUUUAUUUGAUGGGAAUAUUGUACUUAUAUACGUGAGAAAUAUUUGUUGAUGUGAAUGAUUCAUUGUUCUGACAUGCUUGUGGUAAGAGAGUAUCAGGGAUGAAUGGUGUAAAAUUAUUUGAAAAUUUCAAAGUUAAUGAAUGGUGUACAGUCAAUCAAAAAACUAUUUUCACAAAAUUGUAUUUUGAAAAUAUUGUAGUGUCUUUAUAAACACACACUAUGGUUUGGUGAUGCUCAAGUAUGAGGAGAUGGGGAAAGAUAAACUCUGUCAUACAAAAAUAUAAUUCAUUCUAUAGAAUAAUCAUCAGAGUGCUGGAAGCUUCAGUUAAGUCCGGAAUAGCUUGGUGGAGAGCUCCAUCUAGUGCUGGGAGAGAGGUGUUGUUGCUUCUGUUGCUGGAGAGGAAGAAUGUGAAGUUGAGGGUUGGUUGGUUGCUUUGUUUUGCUAGCUGUCAACAUCAUAGGUCAUUAUGGCCAUAGUCUUGUUGUUCUUAGAUUCUCGUUCUCUCCCUUUUGUUCUUUUUCUUCUUCGGGAUGGUCCACAUUUGAUCUUGUUGCUCAAAAAAUUUUUUAUCUUGUUCUUUUACUUCAUCUUCAUGUUUCUUCUAUUUCUUUGUCAACUUGUUUCUUCUGUUCUUCUUUCUCUAGUUACUUCUUUUCUUGUUUCUUAACUUUAAGGAUAGGCUCCUUCUAGCUCAGUUUUUUCGUGAAUCGCAGCUUGGCUAUCCUACACUCCUCCCUCCACUUGGGACACUCCCGGUCAGAGGAGUGUGGGCCGCCACAAGCUGUACAUUUCUUUGUCUUGCUGGGACAUGUGGUGUGCUGGUGCUCGGUGGUUUCGCACUGUGAGCAUACCUCCUGAGCCCAGCACUUCUUGGCUGGGUGUUCGUAUCGUUGACAUUUGUAGCACCUUGUAGGUUUGGCAACAUAUGGUUUAACUGGGAUGGUUUCCCAUCCCAGUCAUACUUCUUUGGGUAAGCUUAUUGAUAACACUUAGCUGGUUACCAAGUAGUUCGGCCAGCUCGUCUUGUUCUAGAUGUACAAUUUCGGCAUGGGAGAUUACUCCAAAUCACCAGAUUGUCCUCUUCAUGAACUUCGAUUAUAAUUCGGACGUCGUUGGUGAAGUCAAUGUCCACCACUUGCACGGCCUGUCCCCAUUCGGUGAACGUUACCAUGAGGCCACUGCUCACCAGUCUGCAGACGACCUUCGUUACCCCCUUUAUCCCCGAAGAGUCAAAAAACUUCCUCAAGAUAAGGAGGUUUAGAUUCUUGGGGCUUGGAUGGGUACAACCGUACCACCUUGGUUUGUUCCCUCGUCAGUCAUGGCCAUGUGGUAUCUCGGGGGCAGAGGUGCAGGUCUUGGCGUGGUUCCAGUUGUUUCUCAAGUGUGUAAAGUUGACUGCUGGCACACAACUUUUAUACCUGAUUGGUGCGGUGAAGGAAACCAGUGGUGGUCUGUGAUUGGUCCAGCAAUAUUCUGUGCUCGGCUGGUCCGAUAGCCAAUCACAUGCUGGGACCGAGAACAGCAGCCCUUGGUUGGCUGAUACCCAACCGGUGCACGGAUCAGGAGAAAGUGCAUGCUCUUGAGUUUUUGUUGGGUGUUCCCUAAAAUAUGACACACCAGAUGAAGGAUUUUGACAACCAUACUAAGACGAAACAACAGGAGCCCAGGUGUUCAUCCUGGAAUUCCCACCCCAAGUAGAGUUUUUUGAUCGACUGUACGGUAAUAUGAAAAUGAAAGUGAGAGUGAUGACCGUAGGAUGCAACAGAGACAAGGUGGUGUUUGAGUGGAAGGUGUAAUAGUUGCUGGUAUGAGGACGAUACUGUGUUGCUGAUGAGGGAGUCUGAGAAAAAGUUGAAAAGAAUGAUAGUACUGUACUGUUAUGUAUAUUUUGAAGAUAAAUGCUGAUAAAAUUAAAGUUUGGUAUGUUACAGAGAAGAUCUGGAAAUUGUGAAUGAAUAUAGAUUAAUAAAAGUUUUGUAAAGAUUGAAUUGAAAAAGUUAUGUUAGGAAAUACGGAGUAUGAUGAGUGAGGUUUAAAUUGUGCAGCUUACCGGUAAGUGGGGCAGACUGAGUACAGUACCUGACUCACGGCAGACUGGGUACUGUACCUGAUAUGAGAAAGUAAGUGGAGGUGAGUGUAGUGCUGGUCACUGUCUGGUCACUGUCUGGUGUGUGUUUGUGCAUGUGUGUGCAUGCGUGCGUCCUUUCCUUUUGCUCUCACCACUUCUCUUAUACUUUUCUCUUGUGCAUCACCAACCAGACAAGUUCCUAUCCCUGUUAGAGGUGUUUCUGUUUCCUGUCACAUAUCCUAAACACGUGAGAAUGAAGAGAUAAUAUGAACACAACAGAAGGAAGCUUUAAGGACUAUAUGAGCUGCUUGGCAUGAGUGAGAUACAACUGGGAAGAAGAGUACAGGUGGGUUAUAUCAGCUUCUUUAGUAGAGCUUCCUAAUUUAGGACCUGAACUUGUAACUCAAGAAAAUGUCCUUGGCAGUAGAGUGAAACCUCCCUUUAACGGACUUCUCAUUCCAUAUAAUCCGUUGGAUGUAGGUUUCAUAUCUAACGAACCCUCCAUAUAACGGAAUUCCCUCUCUCUAUAUAGUCUGUUAAAUAGGUUUCACUGUAUAGUUUGCCAGCAUAUUUUCCUGAUGUAUGUAAGUCUCUUAUGCUGGGCUUCAUAAUAACUUGCAACAUUCCUCCAUCAAGAGGAUUCUGUCCUGAGUUGUGGGAUACUUAUUUUCUGAAGAUUGAAGACCCAAAUUUAUGGUGGUAUAGAUUCGUGAAGACAAACAGUCAUCUGAGAGUAAAAAGCACUCAAGUUUCAUGUGAGCUUUAAGAAUACAGUAGACCCUUAUGGGAAGUUAAAGUAAUGGAUAGUGGGCAAAACAUAAAAGAGUUGAAGAUUUAUUGAGGAGUAUUUGUGUUAUUGUGAUAAACAGCAUAAAAGAUAAAUAAAUACUGUAUGCCAAAAAGUAAAAGAAGAACUUGUACAAACAAAACAAAAUUUAAAAUGUUUUAAAGAAAUAUCUCCUAAUAUUUUAUAAGUAGAAGUUUAACACUCUGUUACAUUUAGACUUACGUUGAAGUACAAUUACUACAGAAAACAUAUUUCAAUUAUGGCAAACAUCUCUGUGCUUGAGUUAGGUUUAUAUGGUUCAACAAACUAACUGUGAAGUAUUGUAGUUACAUGUUCUACCACAGUUCCUCUUUUUACUCUUUAUUACCUCAUCAAAAUACCCAUAACAAGGUUAUGAGAAACUUGAAGAACUUAGUGUAAGUUAAUCAUAGAUGUUCACAUGGAUGUGUAGGUAUAAGAAUAUUUUAUAUGUGAUAUUUGAGCAGUGAACACUUGUUGUGGAGACCUUGGUAACAUGGGGGUUUAUCAUGCCAUGUUUACUGUGGCUCGUAGGUGACUAUAUGUGUCGCCAGCCCUCAGAGGUUAUCAUAUGUGUUGCCAGUCCCUGGAGGUGACCAUGUGUUGUCAGUCUUUUGAGGUGACCAUAUGUGUCGCCAGUCCUCAGAGGUAAGCAUAUGUCACAAAUCUCCGGAGGUGAUCAACAAAGAUCAUUAGUUUGUGUAUCAUCCUGGCUCUCCUACAUGCAUGCACACAACACACUGUACCCCAGAGUGAUGAUGAUACUGUGGGGCCUUAUUAAGGAUUUAGUGUUUGUAUGAUGUGGUAGGUGGUUUGGCUAAGGCCAUGACUAUCAUUUUUCUUUAAAGGUAAAAAAUGCUGUGUUGUGGUUUAACCACAUUUCUUUGUUCUUCAUAGUUCUAUAAUACAAUACGUGUAUAUAAAUGUACUGUACUGCUCUAUGUAUCAUCCAUGUCCCAGGAACAACAUACUGAAGUGGAACAAGUCCACCGAGUGUAACAAAAAUGUUUUAGUAGAUUUACCGUAAAUAGAACGAAAAAAAACUACGUCUCUCCUCAGCAAAAGUUGAGUCAGUACUACAAUUUACUCAUAUAUACAGUAUACUGUAUUGUAUACAAUCUGUGUUUGUUUUGAUGUGUUAUUAAGAAACUGAACCACCUAAUGACUAUGAUAAUUAGUUAUCAUACAUUGGUGUGCUUUAGUUCAGUGUUUUGUUUAACUUUUCAGAUAUUCUAUUUGUAAUCUGUACACAAUUUGUAUAAAAGCUACUCAAUUUUGAGUUGCAGUCCUGUAUUCCUGACCCCCAAUCUACUGGACGCUCCCUACCCCCUCAUUAAGUGUGCUAUAUUUGUACUGCCCCCAGUGGGUCAUCCGCACUAUGGAAGAUCUUUCCUGUUGUACUGUAGGAUAAAAUAUAUACAGAUGGGUAAACUUUACACUAAUAACGAGUUGUUUUCAUUUGACUAUUUAUUAAUACUGGUAUAAAAUAUUAACACAUGCAGAUAAAAGAGCUGUAUGAAACACACAUGAGGUUCAUAUCUUCAACAGUACAUUACACUUACGACUGUACUGUACAAUAAAUAGUUCAGUGUCACAUUUUCAUGGGAAGGGCAAACUCAGAGCAGUUAGACAGCAAAUCAUCGUCAGUAUAAAAAUAUAUCUGAAUUUUUUUACUGGCCACAUUACUGCAUCUCAUUAACACACACACACAGCAAAGUACAAAUGUCUCGCUGUCUUCUUGGCACCAACUACGAGAGUAAAAUGUGGUCCAAUAUUUCUCAAGACAGAUUAUUCUUUAGCAUGUUUAGUUUUUUUUUUCAUGGUGUUAUGACAGUUGUUAUCAUGAAAGACUCAGCACUGGUGUAUGACUUUAAUGAGGGGGAAAGGGGAGACCAGACCUUAUCUAUGGUAGAUUUUGCAGAUUUGUUCUAUAGGUACAUAGUUGUAAAUCUAGAAGAUCAAUUUGUUAAAAAAAUCUUAUUGUAUUUAACCCUAGAAAUAUCACUAUCAUAAUCACAUUCACCCACCAUUCACACACACACACAGUCACCACUCACACAUGGUCACCACUCAUACACACAGUCACCACCUAUACACACAAUACAGUAGAAGAGUAACAAUAAAAAAUUAUUAUAUGUUUGGCAAAGUGUAAGUGAUAAUGUGCACUACAGUAAUUAAGUAAGAAAAUAACUUGAUUACAUAGAGCCACUGUAGCCAUUGAAAAGUAUAUACUAUACAGGCAUUAGUCAAGUAGGCUACAGCACUAUCUAUAAGGUGAUUACUGCAUGCACCUAGAAGGGUAUAGUAAUACAGUAUGUUAACUUAGACACAAAUUCGUGAGGAUAAUACAGUAGCCUUGGGCAGGCCCGGAUUAUCCAUUAGGCACAGUGCCUAGGGCCUACGAGAUAUUGGGGGCCUACGAAAAAUAAAACAAGAACUUUUCUUCCCCUUUUUCUACAGGUUAUUAUUAAAUUGAUACUGAGA